GACAAGAUGAAGCUGCUGUUGUUAGCUGUCGGUUGUAUGUUGGUGACAACAGUGCUGUGUAGACCAGCUGUUGAAGAUGCCUUCAAAAGAGAAAAAAGGGCACCGUUAGAUGUCGAUAACCUUUUAGCUGAGGUAAAUGGCCAUGAAAAUUCAACUGAUGACCACGAGGAACACUCUCACAACCAUGACCACCAUCACCAUCACUCACACACUCAUGGUCCUGACUCACAACAUUCAACCCAUGGAUCUCACCACUCACACCAUGACGGAUCCCACCAUUCUGGUUCUCACCAUGAUAGUUCGUCAUCAAGUUCUGACUCAUCACACCAUGAUGGAUCUCACCACUCACAUCAUGAUGGAUCCCACCAUUCUGGCUCUCACCACUCACAUGAUGAUUCCCAUCAUUCUGGAUCUCACCACUCACACCAUGAUGGAUCCCACCAUUCUGGUUCUCACCAUGAUAGUUCGUCAUCAAGUUCUGACUCAUCACACCAUGAUGGAUCUCACCACUCACACCAUGAUGGAUCUCAUCAUUCUGGCUCUCACCACUCACAUGAUGAUUCCCAUCAUUCUGGAUCUCACCACUCACAUGAUGAUUCCCAUCAUUCUGGAUCUCACCACUCACAUGAUGAUUCUCAUCAUUCUGGAUCUCACCACUCACACCAUGACGGAUCCCACCAUUCUGGAUCUCACCACUCACACCAUGACGGAUCCCAUCAUUCUGGAUCUCACCACUCACACCAUGAUGGAUCUCAUCAUUCUGGAUCUCACCACUCACAUCAUGGUGGAUCCCACCAUUCUGGCUCUCACCACUCACAUGAUGAUUCCCAUCAUUCUGGAUCCCACCACUCACACCAUGACGGAUCCCCACCAUUCUGGCUCACACCACUCACAUGAUGAUUCCCAUCAUUCUGGAUCCCACCACUCACAUCAUGACGGAUCCCACCAUUCUGGCUCUCACCACUCACAUGAUGAUUCCCAUCAUUCUGGAUCCCACCACUCACACCAUGACGGAUCCCACCAUUCUGGUUCUCACCAUGAUAGUUCGUCAUCAAGUUCUGACUCAUCACAUCAUGAUGGAUCCCACCACUCUGGCUCUCACCACUCACAUGAUGAUUCCCAUCAUUCUGGAUCGCACCACUCUGGCUCUCACCACUCACAUGAUGAUUCCCAUCAUUCUGGAUCUCACCACUCUGGCUCCCACCACUCACAUGACGAUUCUCACCACUCCCAUCAUGGUUCUCAUCACGAUAGUUCGUCAUCAAGUUCUGACUCAUCACACUCUGGCUCUCACCACUCACAUGAUGAUUCCCAUCAUUCUGGAUCUCACCACUCUGGCUCCCACCACUCACAUGACGAUUCUCACCACUCCCAUCAUGGUUCUCAUCACGAUAGUUCGUCAUCAAGUUCUGACUCAUCACACUCUGGCUCUCACCACUCACAUGAUGAUUCCCAUCAUUCUGGAUCUCACCACUCUGGCUCCCACCACUCACAUGACGAUUCUCACCACUCCCAUCAUGGUUCUCAUCACGAUAGUUCGUCAUCAAGUUCUGACUCAUCACAUGAUUCUCACCACUCUCAUCAUGAUGGAAGUCACCAUUCUCAUGACAAUGAUUCACACCAUUCUCACCAUGAGGAUUCCCACCACUCUAACCAUUCAGUAGAACAUGAAGAUAUGCAUGAUUCUAAUCAUUCUCAUCAUUCUCACCAUAAUUCCCAUUCUGAUAGUUCCCACAGCUCAAGUUCAUCAUCUGAUAGCUCAGACCACUCACACCAUGAUGGAUCUCACCAUUCUGGAUCACAUCACUCACACCAUGACGACUCUCACCAUUCUGGAUCACAUCACUCACAUCAUGAUGGAUCUCACCAUUCUGGAUCACAUCACUCACAUCAUGACGACUCUCACCAUUCUGGAUCACAUCACUCACACCAUGAUGGAUCCCACCAUUCUGGUUCUCACCAUGAUAGUUCGUCAUCAAGUUCUGACUCAUCACAUCACGAUGGAUCUCACCACUCACACCAUGAUGAUUCUCAUCAUUCUGGAUCACAUCACUCACAUCAUGAUGGAUCUCACCAUUCUGGAUCACAUCACUCACACCAUGAUGGAUCCCACCAUUCUGGUUCUCACCAUGAUAGUUCGUCAUCAAGUUCUGACUCAUCACAUCACGAUGGAUCUCACCACUCACACCAUGAUGAUUCUCAUCAUUCUGGAUCACAUCACUCACAUCAUGAUGGAUCUCACCAUUCUGGAUCACAUCACUCACAUCAUGACGACUCUCACCAUUCUGGAUCACAUCACUCACACCAUGAUGGAUCCCACCAUUCUGGUUCUCACCAUGAUAGUUCGUCAUCAAGUUCUGACUCAUCACAUCACGAUGGAUCUCACCACUCACACCAUGAUGAUUCUCAUCAUUCUGGAUCCCACCACUCACACCAUGAUGGAUCUCAUCAUUCCGGAUCUCACCACUCACAUGAUGAUUCCCAUCAUUCUGGAUCUCAUCAUUCACACCAUGACGGAUCCCACCAUUCUGGAUCUCACCACUCACACCAUGAUGAUUCUCACCACUCUGGAUCACACCACUCACAUGAUGAUUCUCACCAUUCUGGAUCUCAUCACUCACAUGACGAUUCUCACCAUUCUGGAUCUCAUCACUCACAUGAUGAUUCUCACCACUCUGGAUCUCACCACUCACAUGAUGAUUCCCAUCAUUCUGGAUCCCAUCACUCACACCAUGGUGAUUCUCAUCAUUCUGGAUCUCACCACUCACACCAUGAUGACUCUCACCAUUCUGGAUCACACCAUGGUGAUUCUCAUCAUUCUGGAUCUCAUCACUCGCACCAUGAUGAUUCCCACCACUCUGGAUCACACCAUGGUGAUUCUCACCAUUCUGGAUCCCACCACUCACACCAUGAUGGAUCUCACCACUCACAUGAUGAUUCCCACCACUCUGGAUCUCACCACUCGCACCAUGGUGAUUCUCACCAUUCUGGAUCUCACCACUCACACCAUGAUGACUCUCACCAUUCUGGAUCCCACCACUCACACCAUGAUGGAUCUCACCACUCACAUGAUGACUCCCACCACUCUGGAUCUCACCACUCGCACCAUGAUGACUCUCACCAUUCUGGCUCCCACCAUGAUGAUUCUCAUCAUUCUGGAUCCCACCACUCACAUGAUGAUUCCCAUCAUUCUGGAUCUCACCACUCACACCAUGAUGGAUCUCACCAUUCUGGAUCUCACCACUCACACCAUGAUGAUUCCCACCAUUCUGGAUCACACCAUGAUGAUUCUCACCAUUCUGGAUCACACCACUCACAUGAUGAUUCUCAUCAUUCUGGAUCUCACCAUUCACAUGACGAUUCCCACCAUUCUGGAUCUCACCACUCACACCAUGAUGGAUCUCACCAUUCUGGAUCUCACCACUCGCACCAUGAUGAUUCCCACCAUUCUGGAUCACACCAUGAUGAUUCUCACCAUUCUGGAUCACACCACUCACAUGAUGAUUCUCACCACUCACAUCAUGAUGAUUCUCACCAUUCUGGAUCUGAUCACUCACACCACGCUGAACAUUCCCUGCAUGAAUCUGAUUUGUCUGUAGAAGUUGACACUCAUGUCCAUGUACGUCACUAGAUUCCUCAAUAAAAUAACACUGAUGACAGUAGUGAUAGAUUUCAAAUUAACUAAACGUUCCUAAAAUAGCGGUUUCGACAAUACAAAUUUCAAGAAAUGUAACCUUUGUAACACUAAAAUAUUGAUGAUGAAUAUCAUAAAUUAGUUGUUUGUUUCAAAUAAAAUCAAUUCUCUCUUCUGACAAACAUUAAAUAUGUUUACAAAUAUUUCAUUAAGUGUAUCAAUAUCAUUUUUUGAAGCGAUGUUACUUAUUUGGGUAUAGAUACGAUAUAAUAGUGCUUUUAUAUUGUUUUUAUUAUAUUGCAAUGUUUAGAAAACUGCUUCUUUAUGAGUACCGACUUUAUGUAUGGUUUUAAUACUUAAUUCUUGACAAAUUGUAUCUCUAACUCUUAGAAUGUAAUAAAAAUAUAAAUGUUA